CUUGCAUACCAAUUCGCAGCAACUCAGCAAUAAUACUCUACAAGAGUACACCACCAGUUCAUCUUGUAGCAGAUCGAUCAGAGUACAGUGUGUGAAAAUCAAGGAUAAUGGACGCGACCGACAAGGCGACCGGGCACGGCGGCGCCACCGGCCCCACGGGGAACCACGGCGGUGCUCCUGCCGGGGGCGUGCAGCAGCUCCAGGCGACGAGGGACGACCGCAAGACCGACGGCGGUCUGGGCCGUUCCAGCGGGCCCACAGGAAACCACGGCGGCGCUCCUGCCGGCGGCGCGGCCGCCGCCGGCGAGAAGAAGGGCGUCGUGGACAAUAUCAAGGAGAAGCUUCCCGGCGCCGGCGGGCAGCAGUGAGCGUCGACCGUCGAGUCGCUGAGCUACAUGUACCACAGCCUCUCGCACUACGUGUAGAAAGCUCAGCCACGCUGCUACAAAUAAAAUAACGAGCCGUAUAUGUAUGCAUGUACUUGUCUUCCCUCGAAAUAAAAAUACUUGCGUUUGGUAAGAA